AUAUAAUAGACUCUUUUUUUGCAAUAAAAACCAAAGACACUUCAGCGAUCAAUUUAUAAUAAUUAAUUUUAAUUAAGUGCCGUCCAGCAUAUUUUCGGCAACUGCGUGCCUCAUAACCAACCCAACGACGACAUUGAUAAUAAUGAACAGAGACGUGUAUGUUGAAUGCGGCAGGUUCUAGACUCUCUGCCUGUGCCAGUGUGUUGUUGGUGUUGUGGUUUUAGUUUUGGUUCCCGGACGCUAGGCUGCAUGCCACAGCAGCGUCAGGGCCAACAAACGCAUAGACAAUAACAAACUUGAAAUUAUUCCCAAGUGGAUUGUGCCCGUCUCCGUGCCCGUGCCAGUCCACACAAGAUGCGUUCCCGCAGUAAUUCCGGCGUACGCCUAGACUACUAUCAGCGCAUUGUGCAUCGUCUGAUAUUGGCCCACCAAGAGCCGGUGACUGGCCUAUUUCCCGCCUCGAAUGUUAACUCACAUGCCUGGAUACGCGACAAUGUGUAUUGUAUACUCGCCGUUUGGGGCCUGUCCAUGGCCUAUAAAAAGAUUGCGGAUCAGGACGAGGAUCGCGCCAAAUGCUAUGAGCUGGAGCAAAGCUGUGUCAAACUAAUGCGCGGCCUCCUUAUGGCGAUGAUGAAUCAAAAGGAUAAAGUAGAGAAAUUCAAGACGACACAAAGUCCUUGCGAUUCGUUGCAUGCCAAGUACUCAAGUAAGAAUGGGUUACCCGUCGUCGGUGAUAACGAAUGGGGCCAUUUGCAAAUCGAUGCCGUUUCGCUAUAUCUGCUGAUAUUGGCACAAAUGACAGCAUCCGGCUUGCAGAUCGUUUUCUCGCUAGACGAAGUCUCCUUUAUACAGAAUCUUGUAUUCUAUAUUGAGUCUGCCUACUCCAUACCGGAUUAUGGAAUUUGGGAGCGCGGCGAUAAGACCAAUCAUGGUGAACCUGAGCUCAAUGCCAGCUCUAUUGGCAUGGCCAAGGCGGCACUAGAGGCGAUGAAUGAACUGGAUUUGUUUGGUGCACGCGGAGGACCGGCUAGCGUUAUUCACGUUUUGGCCGAUGAGGCGCACAAAUGCCAGGCUGUGCUGCAAUCGAUGCUGCCACGUGAAUCCAAUAGCAAGGAACUGGACUCGGGCCUGCUCUGUGUUAUUGGGUUUCCAGCUUUUGCUGCCGAUGAUGCGCAACUGAUACACAAUACCAAAGAUGCCAUUCUGUCACGGCUGCAGGGAAAAUAUGGGUGCAAGCGGUUUUUGCGCGAUGGCUAUCGCACACCCAAGGAGGAUCCGUCCCGUUUGUACUAUGAGCGCUGGGAGCUGCGCAUGUUCGAGAACAUUGAGUGUGAAUGGCCGCUCUUCUUUUGCUACUUGAUAUUGUUUCACGCAUUUCAAAACGACAAGCGCUCGGUACAGGAUUAUGCGGAUCGCCUGGAGAAAAUUAUGGUACGUUCGGACGAUGGCAUUCUGCUAAUACCCGAGAGCUAUGCGGUGCCAAUGGAUCUAGUGGGCUUCGAAUAUGAGAAGCCCGGCUCGCAGUUGCGUGAAGUUGUGGGUCGUUGUCCCUUUCUCUGGGGUCAAUCGCUCUUCAUUUUGGGUCGUCUGCUGCAAGAGGGUUUUCUGGCUGUCGGUGAAUUAGAUCCUUUAAAUAGGCGUCUAGGAGCACAAAAGAAACCCGACGUUGUUGUACAGGUUGUCAUCAUAGCCGAGGAUAAUGAGAUACGCGACAAAUUGGCCGAACACGAUUUACAUGUACAAACUAUUGCCGAGGUGGCGCCCAUUGAGGUUCAACCGGCGCGCGUGCUCAGUCAUCUGUACACGUAUUUGGGCCGUAAUCGGAAACUGGGAUUGACGGGACGCAAAUCUCGCGAUGUGGGCAUCUUGAGCACCAGCAAGCUGUACUCCCUGAAGGAUCGUAUCUUUGCCUUUACACCGCAGCAUAUCGACUACGAAGAAUACUACACGACACGCGAUCCCGAUCUGCUCGCUAGCAAUUUUACCACAAAUUUAGCCUUUCUAACCAACAAUUGGCGUCACAUGUUGGGCAGGCCGACAAUCACAUUAAUGGCUACGCAUUAUAUGCUAGAUCAGGACAAAAUACCGCUGGCGAUGAUACAGACAAUGCGGAAGCUGAAGUCCGGUUAUAUAAACGGCACACGGGUUAUGCUGGGCAGUCUGAAGGACUUUCUGAACACCUCGGCCAUAACGGAUCUGAGCUUUUUGGGUAGCACCGAGGACGGCUAUCCGGAUCGCUUACAUCCGGAUGUCCAAACCUAUUUGGAUGAGCAUUUGCUGCGCUCCUUCAGCAAUCGGAACACCAUGAAUCUACGGGGCGGACAACUGCGUCCGCGUCAUCUGCGCCGACGCAUGUCUUGUAAGGGCGCCAUCAAGAAGACGCGCUCCAUCAAUGUGGACUCCGAUAAUCUGGGCAUGGAGGGACCUUCACCCCUAACCGAACGACGUCUCUCAUCAAUUGUGCCACCGCCAUGGCUGCACCCCAACCAACAGAGCCAUGUCAGUGUGUUCGCCACCACGCCCGAGGAGGGGCCCAGUUCGCCACCGCAUUUGGGUGGCGAACUCAUACGUGAGAAUAUCUAUCCUAUAGAUCCCCAUCACAGUCGCUCGGCCAUCGAUCGACGCAGCGAGUUUGUGCGCCAGCAAGAGAUAACCGUGCCAAAAAUUCUCAUCCAACGCCAUCGUGCGGAUAACAAUUUUGCUGACACAGAAGUGGAAGAGUUGAUCGCGAUGCUGCGCGAAACUGAGAAUCUCGAGGAGCAGGGCGAUAUUCUGCAAUAUUUGGUGGAUACACAGGGUCUAGAUUUCAAUACGGAAUUCGAGCAAGCAUUUGGGGAUGAUGUGGUGCUUGACUUGGCUGCUGCAACUCCAGGUGGUGGUGGGAUUGGUGCUGGUGAUAGUGAUGAUGCGGGGAGGCCGCAAUUUCAUGUUGUUGUGCCACCGACUGUGAUCAUAGAUCCAAGUACACCCACAGCAAACAACGCAACCGCCUCAGCCGCCGCCACCGUAGACGGAAACAACGCAAUCGCAGCAGCCGCUAAUGUGGCCGCACCAGUCGCUUCCGCCUUGAGCAACAACAGUCUCAAUAACAUCGAUUCUUCUCAAUCUGAAGGCAUGCUGGAGGAGGGACGCGUCGUCACGGUGCGCGACCUAUUGAAGGGCCUCUACGAGAAGGCCUGCCAGCAAAAGCUCUGGGGUCUGGUCCGACACACCGCCGGCAUGUUGGGCAAACGUGUUGAGGAUCUGGCCAAGGCCGUCACUGAUUUGCUUGUGCGCCAGAAACAGGUGACGGUGGGUAUGCCACCCAAUAAUGAGCACACCAUAACGGCACCCUUGCCAGAGGGCGAGCUGAGACAACUGAUACAUGAUGCCUAUGGUGAUGAUGAGAGUACAGCGAUGUUGACACAAGAGCUAAUGGUCUAUCUGGCGAUGUUCAUACGCACUGAGCCGCAGUUGUUCCACGAAAUGUUACGACUGCGCGUAGGUCUAAUAAUCCAGGUAAUGGCGAAGGAGCUUUCGCGCACACUGAACUGCGGCGGUGAGGCCGCCUCGGAGCAUCUACUUAAUUUGUCACCCUUCGAAAUGAAGAACCUUCUGUACCAUAUACUCAGUGGCAAGGAGUUUGCUGUUAGCAGCGUGGCACGGGGCAAUCUAUCAAUUGUUAGCUGCAAGUCGAGUCGCGUCAGCAAGAAAAGCCAGAUCGGAUUGGGCGAUCCGGAAGGAGAGGAUGCGCUCAUAGCCACCAUCGAUGAUCGUCAGGGUCAAUGGUUGCGUCGUCGUCGUCUGGAUGGCGCCCUAAAUCGUGUGCCACGCGAUUUUUACUCGCGUGUAUGGACCGUGCUGGAAAAAUGUCAGGGACUCGCCAUCGAAGGACGUAUACUCCAACAGAGUCUGACACAAGAGAUGACCCCCGGCGAAUUGAAGUUUGCCCUCGAAGUGGAGACGGCCCUGAAUCAGAUCCCACAGCCCGAGUAUCGACAGCUGGUCGUGGAGGCAUUGAUGGUCCUAACUCUUGUAACCGAACACAAUAUGGUGGCAUCGCUGGGCGACAUCAUCUGUGUGGAACAUCUGGUGCAUAAGGCCAAUCAGUUGUUCCUCGAGGACCAGCGCAAGGUGCAGGGCGACGCAACGCUGUGCUGUGCCAAGCUUAAGGAUGGCAAGGAACAACAACAGGCAGCCUCCGGAAUGUUGUUAUGCGGUGGCGCCGCAUAUAUAUGCCAACAUCUGUACGAUAGUGCGCCCAGCGGCAGCUAUGGAACCAUGACCUAUAUGUCCCGUGCUGUGGCUCUAGUCCUUGACUGUGUACCCAAGCAUGGCGAAAUGGAAUGCGCCAUCUCGUAAAUAUAUAUACAUGUAUGACUCGAUGGUGGAUGUUUUAAGACCAGAAAUGAUGACUGCACAAUGUACACUUAACUUCUACUAUAUAUGUAUAUGUACCAUAAACGAUCACCACGAACCUCAGAAACUCGCUCUCUCUUUCUAUAUCAAUAUAUGCCUACUUUCUCUCUCUCUCUUCGUCUCUCCCUAUCAUGUUCGCGUCUUCUUACCUGCACUUCCCAACGAUUUUAAGUUUAGUCAGAACCGCCCGCCUGAUGCCCAAAUCCUUUGGGUCCACUGUAUAUAAUUUUAGUUGCCGAUUACUUAGGUUUUUGCUUACAUAUCUAUGUGUGUAUGUGUCUGUAUAUGUAUGUAUGCAUGUAUAUGUAUUCAAAUUUUUAUUGUGUUGAGCGUGCGGCGUUUUCGAAAUCACAAUUUGAACAAACGAUAUUAUGUAUGUAUGUAUAAAAAAGCGUGCGGCAGAUAUCGCUUAUUUGAAAUCUACAAAUUUGAAAAAUAUUCAUACUACCAUAAGUAAUUUAUUAAUGUAGACUAAUGGAUUUGAGAAAACCAACAACAAAUCUAUUCAAAAUACAAAUACCAGAAAUUAUUUGUGUUUAAAAAUUCUUCUUUAUAACCGAUAUCUGCAGAGCACAUAUACAUAUAUGUAUUAUUUAGCUGUAUUUGUGCAGCUUUGCUCGCUACAAAUUGUUUUUGUACUCGAAUAGGCAACAGACUUGACGGCGUUAUAAUUAACAACCACAAGUACGGAUAUGUUUGUUUUUAAAUUAUUGAAAGUUUCAUUGUAAAGUUUGCAAUAAAGAAGUGUUCGCUA